AUGGUCAAGGAUUGUAUGGAUUAUGUGAAGAAAUUCCAGGCAUGUCAAUUCCAUGCCAACUUUAUACAUCAGCCGUCGGAGCCGCUAUAUCCCUCAAUUCCUUCAUGGCCAUUUGAUGUGUGGGGUCUUGAUGUGGUAGGACCGACAGCACCCAAAUCUUCUGGCGGUCAUUCUUACAUCCUUGCAGCCACAGACUACUUUUCAAAAUGGGCAAAAGCUGUACCUCUAAAGGACGUGAAGAAAGAAAACGUAGUGAGCUUUAUCAAAGUAAACAUCAUUUAUUGGUAUGGUGUGCCGAGUUACAUCAUCACAAAUAAUGGAAAGCCAUUCUCGAACCAGUUAAUGGAUAAACUAUGUGAUGAUUUCGGUUUCAAGCAACGCAAUUCUUCAACGUACAAUGCUCCAACCAACGGUCUUGUAGAACCGUUCAACAAAACUCUUUGCAACCUGUUGAAGAAAGUUGUCGGGAGAACCGAGAAAGAUUUCAUGAAAGGAUAA